AGUCCCGUUUCAGGAGGCCCGAAAGAAUCGGGGAAUUUCUAUGGAAGAGAUGUCAGGAGAAAGUGUUGUGAGCUCGGCUGUGCCGGCAGCUACAACACGGACCACCUCUUUUAAGGGGUCCAGUCCCAGUUCCAAAUAUGUGAAGCUGAAUGUCGGUGGAGCGCUGUAUUACACCACCAUGCAGACCCUGACCAAGCAGGACACCAUGCUAAAGGCCAUGUUCAGUGGCCGUAUGGAGGUCCUCACUGAUAGCGAAGGCUGGAUUCUGAUUGACAGGUGUGGGAAGCACUUUGGGACCAUCCUGAAUUACCUGAGAGAUGGAGUCGUCCCCUUACCUGAGAGCCGGAGGGAAACUGAGGAGUUGCUGGCAGAGGCAAAGUAUUACCUAGUGCAGGGCCUGGUAGAUGAGUGUCAAGCAGCAUUGCAGAACAAAGAUGCAUAUGAGCCAUUCUGUAAAGUUCCCCUGGUGACAUCAUCUAAGGAAGAACAGAGGCUCAUUGCCACUGCUAAUAAGCCUACAGUCAAGCUGCUGUAUAACAGAAGCAACAAUAAAUAUUCAUAUACAAGCAAUUCUGAUGACAACAUGCUGAAGAAUAUCGAGCUGUUUGACAAGCUGUCACUGAGGUUCAACGGCCGUGUGCUUUUCAUCAAGGAUGUGAUUGGUGAUGAGAUUUGUUGCUGGUCGUUCUAUGGCCAGGGCAGGAAAAUUGCAGAGGUUUGCUGCACGUCAAUAGUCUAUGCUACUGAAAAGAAGCAGACAAAGGUUGAAUUCCCAGAGGCUCGCAUUUAUGAAGAGACCCUCAACAUCUUGCUGUACGAGUCUCAAGACGGACGCGGACCAGACAAUGCACUGCUGGAGGCCACAGGGGGCGCUGCCGGUCGAUCCCACCACAUCGAUGAAGAUGAAGAGAGAGAGCGCCAUGACCGAGUGCGGAGGAUCCAUAUCAAGCGGCCCGAUGACCGUACCCACCACCAUCAGUGACCCUGCCAUUUCUCAGCUUUUUCAGUGCCUUUUCAACUACCAGCGCUUCAGUUACGCCUCUCGAUUUGCACAUGGACUCAGUCAGUUAUGUUUAUACCUAGUCUGCUUCCUUAGAGAGAUGAAGGGAUAUUCACAGAAUAGCUAGUAGUAUUAAUAACGCUGCAUGAACAUGGCAUACGGGGCAAUCAAGUCACUCAUCAGUUGUGCAUUUUUGAGGACCUCUUUAAAAAGAUACGACAUGGUGUUAAUGUGAACAAAAGUGCAUAGCGGAUGGUUAGGUUUACUGCAUGACAUUCCCUGAGCAUUUUGCCCUAUUUGCCAUUCAUAAAGCAAAUUCCAAAGUCAAGUCCAUCAGCUGAACGUGCAGCUAUUGAAUAUUAGAAUAGAGUUCUCAGCCCUUGUAUGUUUAUUUAGCAAUAAUUGAACUUUUGUUCUGUCUGAGUGAAGUCAGUAGGGUUUCUGGUGCCUUAUAGGUGAACACUGUGCUUAUUGAGUGUUUUUGUUUUGCAUAUUGCGUGAUGGUAAUUUGAUUUGAGACUUCUUUUUCUAAGUUUAUCCCCAGUUUAUUGUUAGCUUUGUCUUUUGAAUUGAAGGGUUGAAGCCAGUGUUACAGAGCUGGUAGUGUCUUGCUGAGUUUUGUUUUGAUUUUAAGCUGUUUUGAAAAAGUGGUUCGACAGACCACUGAUCAUUGAAUUCAAUGAAGGAGGAUGUUGUUGCCUUAUAAGAAUAAUUUAAGUGUCGUUUUUUUUUUUUUUUUUUUGGACGUUCAACCAAAUGUAAUUUUUUCUGUUAGUUUACUCACCAUUAGUCCAUCUAAAUUGUAGGGGCCUUUUUAAAUCAACAUUUUUGAGAUUCAUAUUACUUUUGAGUCACCAAUGACCAGUUUUAGCAACAACUCUAAUAGGCUAAUAGUCGAAAAAGAGGCAAAACAAAAAUGCAUUCAACCAAAAGUUAACAUUUUCUGUAAUUAACUCCCCAUUAGGCUGCCUAAAUUGUAUGGGACUUUUUUAAUUUAACAUUUUUGAGAUUCAUAUUACCUUUAAGUCACCAAGGACCAGUUUUUGCAACAAAUCUAAUAUAGACUAUUAGAUUUGUUGCUAAAACUAGUCCUUGGUGACUCAAAAGUAAUAUGAAUCUUAAAAAGUUGAAUUGUUGUCCCCUACAAUAAUAGUCGAGGCUAAUAUUCAAAAAAGAGGCAAAGCGAAAAUGCAUUCAACUGAAAUUUGACAUUUUCUAUAAUUUACUCCCCAUUAGGCCGCCUAAAUUGUCGGGGACUUUUUUAAUUUAACAUUUUUGAGAUUCAUAUUAUUUUUGAGUCACCAAGGACCAAUUUUAGCAACAAAUCUAAUAGGCUAAUAGUCGAAAAAGAGGCAAAACAAAAAUAAAGGUAGUUCUCAGAGAUAGUUCACCCAAAACAAACUCAUCCACAUUUCAUAUCAUUUACUCAACAUUCAGUUUGCACAAAUGUGUUUGUUUCUCUUUUCUUUUCUGUGGAACACAAAAUAAGUUACUUUAAAAAUGCUGGAGACCUGUGACCAUUGACUUCUAUAGUAUUUGAUUUUCCUACUAUGCAAGUCAAUAGUUAAGUUUGUAGUAUUGUUUUUAUACAUAUAUUUGUUUUUUGUGUUUAACAGAAUAAGGAAACUUGUAGGUUUGAAACAAUUUGACUGAGUAAAUAAUUAUUUUUGGAUGAACACUUUUUUUUGUAUUUAAAUAGUUGUAGCUCCAUUGAGGCUCUGUGACAGCGGUUCUCAAUUUCAGUCCUGUUAGCGCCAACCCCAAUCAAACACACCUGCGCUAACUAAUCAAGCUCUUACUAGGCCAUAGUUCCCCAGGAAUAAGUUUGAGACCUAUGGGCUUUCUAGAAACAUCCUUGCAGCUGUGUUGAGGCAAGUUGGAGCUAAAAUCUCCAGCACUGAGUUUGAGAACCCCUGCUCUCUGAUGUGAAACAAUUGGUCUGUGCAAGAAAAUAAUUUCAAGACUCAAGUCUCAGCAGUUGUAGACCACUAUGGUUUCAGCUAAAAAUGCUGUACUAAAAAAAAUGAGGGGAGGGGGCCUACAUCUUCGUGAGUCUAAGAUGAGUAAAAUGACAGCAAACUCCCAUUUGUGUGAACUGUCACUUUUAUUUUUUUCAAAUUGCUAGAUUGAUUGGAUGAGUUUGGCCUCUAGGUGGCAGUAUAGUGUUAUGCUGUUUUCUCACGUACAUGAGGAAGCACUUGUAGAUCAAAACCAGUAAUAAAGUUUUCUAUUCCCUUUUUGGUCUACAACCAGAGUAAACUCUGAUGACGCUUUUUAAAUACCUUUCCGCUGCACUGUAUUAAAUUCCAUCAAGUUAAUUACGUGUUUUGUAAGCGAUCUCAUACAAGAGCAGAAACUGAGAUGUAGUCAGAAGCAUUCGGAUGUAUAUCUGUAACUGAGUAAUGGACACCAAGUAUGAGUGCGUAAUCAGAGACUCUUCCACGUCAAAGCAGCUCCAGACGUUCAGGAACAUAAAGAAAGCCUCCUGCUGCAGCGUCUGUAGCAUCACAGAUCUUUGCGCUCGUUAGUUUUAUUAAAGGUGUAUUCAACAUAAAACAACAACUCUGAAAUCUGUAAUACUGUAGAGAAGUUUGUACAGUUGUGCACAUAAAUUUAAAAAAUGUUUUACGUACAAAGUAUUUAUACACAAUGUUGUUAUCACGAAUAAAGGUUUCUACAAAUUUCGUAG